GAGACAAAACAACAUGCCAUUUUAUACUUGGUUCUCUCCUUCUGAAAGUAUUUAAGAGAAUCAAAAUCACUUGAGAGGUGAGUGAUCAUUGAAAGGUGCAAUGGAAAAAGUGGGAGAGAUAUGGAGAGAAGGGAGGAGAGUAGGAAAAGAAGACCCGAGAAGAAUAGUUCAUGCUUUCAAAGUGGGACUUGCUCUUGCUUUCGUCUCUUCCUUCUACUAUUAUCAACCUCUCUACGAUAACUUCGGUGUCAAUGCAAUGUGGGCUGUCAUGACCGUUGUUGUCGUCUUUGAAUUUUCUGUAGGAGCCACACUUGGGAAAGGAAUAAAUAGAGCAGUGGCAACAUUAGUAGCUGGAGGACUAGGAGUUGGAGCUCAUCACCUAGCAAGUUUGUCUGGUCCAACGAUAGAACCUAUUCUUCUCGCCAUCUUUGUCUUUGUGCAAGCUGCGUUAUCGACGUUCGUGAGGUUCUUCCCGCGGGUGAAGGCGAGAUAUGAUUAUGGGAUAUUGAUAUUCAUAUUGACGUUCUCACUGAUAUCAGUGUCGGGGUUUAGAGAGGACGAGAUAUUGGACUUGGCACAUAAGAGAUUAUCGACAGUGAUAAUGGGAGGAGUCAGUUGCGUCCUUAUCUCUAUCUUUAUCUGCCCUGUCUGGGCUGGACAAGACCUUCACUCUCUUCUUGCCUUCAAUUUUGACACACUCUCCCACUUCCUUCAAGAAUUUGGGGAGGAAUAUUUUGAAGCGACAGAUGAUGGGGACGUCAAGGAGGUGGAGAAGAGGAGAAGGAAUCUUCAAAGAUAUAAAAUUGUUCUCAACUCAAAAAGCAAUGAAGAAGCUUUGGCUAAUUUUGCAAAAUGGGAACCGCGUCACGGCCAGUUUAGAUUUAGGCAUCCAUGGAAACAAUACCUUGCCGUGGCUGCAUUACUUCGGCAGUGUGCCUACCGGAUUGAUGCCUUGAAUUCAUACAUCAACUCAGAUUUUCAGAUCCCAACGGACGUAAAAAAGAAAUUGGAAGAACCAUUAAGAAGAAUGAGCUCGGAGUCAGGAAAAUCAAUGAAAGAAGCGUCAAUUUCAUUAAAGAAAAUGAGAAAAUCAUCAUCUUAUGAUAUCCAUGUGGACCAUGUCUUAAACUCACAAUCUGCAUGCAAAGAUCUUACUACUUUACUCAAAUCAGGCAUCUUGAACGAUGUUGAGCCUCUACAUAUGAUCGCAUUAACGACCACAGUCUCUCUGCUCAUUGAUAUUGUAAACUUAACCGAAAAGGUAUCAGAAUCCGUACAUGAACUCGCAUCCGCUGCAAGAUUUAAGAACAAGAAAAAAUCGACCGUGUCAUCCGAGAAGUCAGAUUCUGUAAGCACUGUUCGUGCAAUGCCAAUCAAAUCUCAAGAUGAUCAUGUUGUCACAAUCUUAUGUGAUGAUGAUAUGUCACACACUGUCGACCAGUCACGUGGAGAGAGUUCCGUGGACUCUUGUCACCAUGUCGCCAUAGAGAUUGAUGAUGAUGAUUCAGUCCAUGAAAAACAUGAAGAUGGUGAAAUGCAUGAACAUACGAGUUGUGUAUCAUGUGGUCAGACCAAUGCUAGUGAUGUUUUAGAUAGUGAUAAUAAGAGAACUAGUUAUAACUAGCUAUUUAUUAUAGGAUUUAGAGGACUAGUCGGUGAAUAUUAUUAAAUAAAGUUCUUUUGAACAAGAGUUCGUUUUGGAUC